ACAGUAGUUGAAAGAAGUGUACAGAAUUGUACCUAUAGGUUAAAAAUGGAAUAUGUCUGGUUGGAUGUAUCAAACUACCUACAAAAGGGAUUUCGGCUGGAACACACAUAAACAAAGGGCUUGGUUCUCAAAUGUUCCAAAAAUCUCUAAAAUCUGGAAUAGGCAACAAACUCUUGCAAUUAAUGAAGACGCAUCUAUCGGCAUUAAAUCUAAACUAAGCAGUAGACCUAGUUCAGGCAGUAGGCCUGGGUUAAACGGUAGGCCUGGUUCGGGUAGUAGGCUUAGAUCAGACAACAGGACUGAAGAAAUUGAAGUAAAAGAAACAUUUCCCCAAUCAUUGGCAUUUACAGUGGAUGAUGAAUUAUUAGAGGAGUUGAUACGCAAUGAAGAGGCAGGGGAUGAUAGUUCUGAUGACGAUGAUAGAGAGGCCGAAGGAUCCCAGCCUCAGCGCAGGGUCAACUGGAGUCCUCAGCUGGUCAACACCUCAGGGUCAGAUAGACCAUUCUCUUCUACUUUAGGAGUAGCUAGACCACUGUCAUCUGCUCCUGGCGUAAAGGGGAAGUUUGUUUACUGGAAUACAGACCAAGAAGAGGCAAAAAGUUGUCCACCCCCUCAUCUAAGGGGACGGACCAGGCAUAGAUGUUCAGAUUGCGCGAGGGAUGAUAACGAAGGUGAAAAAUCAACAAAAUCUAGGUAAAUAAAUAUUUGGUUCAAGAGAAUGUAUGCAAAAUUUAAAGAAACCCUCGAUUUUCGCCUGAAUGUCAUGAGUUAUCCUUCAUCUUCUUAUCAAAAAUUGACUAUUUUCUUCGCAACAAUAUAUGGAAGAAAUUAGAUCAAAGGGCCUGUAAAGGAAAAAUUAAAGGCGGUAUAGGAUGAAACCUGAGAAUCUCAGGAGUUGAACGAUACCUAUAAGAAGACAUUUAUCUGAUCUUGCUGUCUCGAGACAUUGACAUAAAACUGUGUCAAAAUUAUACCAAAACGUAUAUAUGUCAGAUAUA